AUGGAUUCAGGUAAAGUUGUGCACAGAGGAAAACCAGACAUCCAUGCAAUCAGAUCAAGAGCAUCAGGCAAGACUCAGCAUAUUCAGGAGGUCAGUGCUAAAAGUCUUGAACUCAACAAGGUGAUUCGUCUUCUUGAAGAUCCUUUAACAACAAACCUAAAGGAGCGACAUCUUUUUGUACUGAAGAAACUACUGAAGAGAAGCCAAAAUGGAUUUCUGUUGAGGGAGCUCGCCGGCAUCGCCAAAAUCCUCAACAUCUGUGCUGAGAAAGUGAAUGAUCAUCCUCAAUAUGUGCCCGUUUUAUGUGAGGCACUUCAAAUUUGUAGGUUUCCCUUCCUGAAGGAGAAGGCGUCUGAUGAGCUGAACUACGCUCAGGACGUCACAGAGUUCCUCGGUCACAUGGGGCGUCUGAUGAGGGUGUCAGAUGUUGACGUGAGGCAGCAGUUAGUUGAAUCUGUGAAAUCAUUCUACAGCUGUGUGGCUCCUAAACAGCUGCUCGAUGGGCUCCAGCCGACCUCUCCGGGCUACAGGCUGCAGCUGCUGGAGCGUAGUGACCUGACUCAGACGCUGCUCCUCUCCAUGGCCGCUGUGGAGAACCAGCCUGCCAUCAAGCUGCAGCUCCUGCAGACACUUCAGAUCCUCUCCAGCUCCUCCGAUAUGAACUGUGCGUUAAUGCUGAGAGCACAGGGAGCAGAGACCAUCUGUCUCCACAUGAACGAACAGGACCCGUCCGGUCAGGUCUUGUUCCGCUCCUCAGAGAUCCUCUGGAACCUGCUGGAGAGAGGCAGCAAGGACGAGGUCACGGCUCAGCUCAGCACCAUCGAGUGUGUCGUCUCUCUGAAAGAAGCGUUUUUUCACCAGCUGCUGAACAGUUUCCGACAUUCUGACGUCCAACUCAGAAACGAUCUGCUUGUGAUCACAACUCUCAUUGCCGAAAAUCCCAACCCUCUGCUCAUUGAGAGCUUAUUUGCCAAACAGCUCAUGCCUUUCAUCACAUUUCCAGAGUUGAAAAGUCCCAACUCUUUAGUCCACAACUUUAAGCUCACCUACAAUAAUGAAGACUUGAAGAUGAAGAAGUUACUUUUGAAUCUGUUGGUUUUAAUGUCAAGGGACAUCGCCGCUCUUCAGCUUUAUAAAGAGGAAGGAGUAAUGCUGGCUCUGCUGACACUCAUAAAGCCACCUGCUGCCUCCUCUGAGCGCAGGCCAGGUUUGCUUCACUGGUCCUCUGGCCAGCAGGAGGAGCUCCAACUGCAGGCGCUGGCUGUUCUCGCCACCGUUGCUCCUCUAAUGGUGGACGAUUAUGUGUUGUAUCAGGGUAACGCGUGUAUGCUGCUCCUGCUGGACUGGUGUGUCGGGCAAGAUGCUUACUUUGGUCACGGUCACAGCUUUCAUGGCACUGGAGGGAGAGGCAGUAAGAAGGCUCACAUGCGGCACUGCAUCAGAGUGUUGAGAGCUGUGACGUCUCUCGGUGACGAGUCAGUCAACCAGGAUCUGUGUGAUCAAGGAACCAUCAACCAGCUGCUGGCGAUUUUGAUGCAGAUGGAAGUGAGGCCUGACGAGGAGGAUGCCGUCACCCUGGGGAUAAAGUCAGAUAUUCAGCUGAUCCUUUCAGUGCUGUGUGAGACCGACAUGCACAGAAAGGAGCUGUUUGGAUCAGAGGGAGUUGAGAUGGUCGUUCACUUCCUGAAGAAAGGCUCCAACAAGUUUUACAGCGGCCUGGGACACAACAAGCUCAUCCUAUCCACUGUGGACUGUGUGUGGUCCUGUAUUGUCGGCUGCUACACCACAGAGGAUUUCUUUUUGGCUAAGGAGGGGUUGUUUCUUCUGCUCGACUUACUCAGUUCGAGCCCCAGAUGUGUGCACAGCAUCGUCCUCGCCACCAUACUGGAAUUAUGCGACAACACAAACACUGUGUCUCACAUCCUGAGCUGGAGGAACGGCGACGGUCAGACGGCUCCAGGACUCCUGCUGCAGCUGUGGAGGGAGGAGGAGGCAGAGCUGGGUGUCAGUCGAAGCCGAAACGGAGAGAUCACAGAUCCAAAAAGGCCGACCCUCAGUCCUCACCAGCAGGAGGAAUCCCAGCUGUCUUUUCCUGCUAGUGUGGCAAGUGCGUCAGUGCUGGAGAUGACAGAGAACCUGCGGUCAAAGAUUUACUCUAUCUUCUGCAAACUUGGUUUUCAGGAUCUUCCCGGGUUGAGGACAAAAGAUUAUGUGACCUUGAGCAUUGUCAAAAGAUAUCUGGACUUCAAGGUCGGAGAGAUGUGGGACGAGAUCAGCAGGGAACUGAGCGUGGACGGCGUGAGGCCAGUCACCCCUGAUGAGGAGGCUCUGAGCAGCAUGUGUAAGAUCACAGAGGACACGGCAACGAGGGUGGCAGCGGAGCAAAGCAGCAUCCUGGAGCAACUAGAGAAGACAGAAAUCAGCGAGGAGGAGCUCAUGUACACAGAGAUCAAGUCUCACUGGAAGCAAAGGGAGCUCACAGCUAAGUCAUGGGACCAUUACGUCGCCAAGACCUCAAACUACGAGAUCCUGAAGGAAGUAAAAGCACAGAGGGAGAAAUAUAUUGAGUCCUCCAGAAACAAGUCAAAGCAUAAAGACGCUGCCCUUCAUCCUGCAGAGCAAUUCAUCGGGCAGGUUUUAGCUGUGGAGAGCACGGAUGCUGAGGGGCCUGCAGGAGUGAAGCUGACUCUGGCCAGAACUCACAUCAAGACAUCAGCUGAGGAAGAAAUACAACCCACAACACGAGCGCCUGAAUACUUCAGCACCGUGUCUGUAAAAGACUGA